UCUCUCUCCCACAGGCUCUCACACACACAAAGGGAUCCUAGAUCUCUCCGGCCAUCGGGAUGGCUUCUGAUCCGCCUGCUUCGCUCCCAUCCUCCGCCCUCUCCCCGGCCGCCGACCAACAGCAUGAUCUAGUUGGUGCUCCUCGUCGCUUCCCUCGCCCUCGCCCCCGCGUCUCCUUGCUCCUCCCCGCCUUCUAGAAACUUCAUGGCAAAGGGGCGGCGGCCAUGGAGUUGGUAGUGCUCGGGGUAUGAUGCGAGGCCGAAUCACAGGUGUUGUGCGCUCCCGAGGCGAGGGGCGGCGCAGCGGACACCCACCUCCGCCGUGCGUUGCAGGCCCGUCUCCAUGGACACCGCCGGGAAGGGCCUCGCACCCACCGCACGCCGUCGGGCCCCUGUAUCCCAUGAUCAAGCCUCUGCAAAUGAGGAAGAGCCCGCAGAAGUGUUAGCAGUGGGACUACUGGCGUAUGCGAAAGCAGAUGUGGUGGUGAAGCUGGGUGGAUGGGACUCCGACUACACGCGAGCUGUUGCGCAGGACUGCCUCAUUGCCAUGAAGCAGGUACAUUUGGUAGACAUGAAGUAGGUAACAUUUGGUAGACAAGAAGCUAGCAGGUAUAUACAUCAUAUCAUCAGACAGCUAAUAUUAGAAAAUUUUGAUGAGAAGUAGACAAAUUUCAGUCUACUGUACUUUCGAUCUUGUUUUUACAUACAGAAUGAUGGCAAAUGGAAGCGGUGGAUGUAUUUUUUUUGCUUUUUCUACAUCCUGGAAUCUUGACCUGUAGGUUUCCGCUGAUUUGGAUGUAACAAUAGUAGGUUUUCCAUAGAUCUAGAUGUAGUUUCUAUCUUUUUUGUACAUCAACUGCUAUUAAUUUAUUUUUUACAUGCUCAGCUGGAAUCAUGAACGCUAAUAUUAUUUUCGGGAAUGUAACUUUGUGUAGU